AUGGAUCAUAAACACAGUCACGUCCACACCACUCCCCUUGUCUUCGCCCUCACCGUCUCUUCUUUCCUCUGCAUCGCUUUGCCACGUUCCCACUCUCAACCAUCGCCGUCGCCACCGGUUUGUGCAGAGCAGUUAUACCGGUGCAAGAUAAGCGUCUCCGCCAUCUUCGAUCCUCCCUGGGAAAAGAUUCCACCCUCUCAAUGUAACGGCGCCGACCCAUCAUCCCUGCUCAGCUGCCAUAGUGGCUAUGGAUCUCAAAAUUUCACAGUGAAGGAUAUCGACAAUACCACUCACACCAUGAAAGUGAUGCUAAGAGCCCCUGUCAACCAUGUCUGUUCUCCUCACUUUUUUCUCAAUUACGAGAACUUCAACAGCACUCUGUUCCUGCAUAACGCGUCAGUGCAUAAAAUCAUCAUAUACGAAGAUUGUCCUACAAUCCCAGAUUUCCCUUCAAAACGCAGUUUUAAGUGCGGGGAUGUUCUGUAUUAUUUUGAAGAGGGGUACACAGAAAAGGAGAUGCUCGACAGAUACCCAUCGCUUAAGGAUUGCAAGGGGGAAACUUUUGACGUGCCUGCUUCCCGUCCUCUGGAUCGUUACGAGGAUACUGAUGACGGUGCUGGAGUUCUGGAAGAAGCUCUCAAUGAUCCGUUUGAGGUCAACUAUAGUAGUAUUCCUGAUGGUUGCACAAGAUGCAGAGAAAGUGACGAAAGUUGCUCGCCAGAUGGUAAUGGUUAUGAUGAACAUCUAGUUUCAUGCAACUACUAUUGCCCAAAUGAACAGUGUUCUCCCGAAACAAGUGUUACAAGUUCAGCAAUUGCAGCCGUAUUGAUAUUAAUUUCAAUUUUGUGUGUAAGAUACAAGUCACCAAUAUGGGAAGCAAAUUUUGGGUUGGCUUCAAGAAGUAAUAAAAAUAUCGAAGCAUUCCUUAAAAUUCAUGGCCCUCUAGCUCUGAAAAGAUAUAAACUAUCAGAUGUUAAGAAAAUGACCAAGAACUUCAGAGUAAAGCUGGGACAAGGUGGUUUUGGUGCAGUGUACAAGGGAGAGUUAUCCAAUGGUAGUUUUGUGGCUGUAAAGAUGUUGAGUGCAUCCAAAAAAAAUGGUGAAGAAUUUGUGAAUGAGGUUGCCAGCAUCAGUAGAACUUCUCAUGUUAACGUUGUCUCUCUUCUUGGAUUUUGUUUGAAAGGUCCGAAGAGAGCUCUCAUCUAUGAAUUCAUGUCCUAUGGUUCCCUUGACAAAUUCAUUUACACAACAAGGGAUGAAACCCUUCCACCCUUGUGUUGGAAUAUUAUAUAUCAAAUUGCAAGGGACAUAGCUCGAGGCUUAGAAUACUUGCAUAAGGGAUGCAACACUCGAAUUGUUCACUUUGACAUAAAACCACAUAACAUUCUUCUGAAUGAGAACUUCUGUGCAAAGAUAUCUGAUUUUGGGUUGGCAAAACUGUGUCCUAGGAAUGAAAGUAUUGUUUCCUUGUCAGAUGCUAGAGGAACAAUGGGGUAUGUAGCUCCAGAAAUGUGGAGCAGAAAUUUUGGAAGAGUUUCGAAUAAGUCUGAUGUUUAUAGUUAUGGAAUGGUGCUGCUGGAGAUGGUAGGAGGAAGGAAAAACAUCAAUGGUGAAGCAAGUAAUACAAGUGAGAUAUACUUCCCACACUGGGCACACAAAAAACUUGAGUUGGACAAUGAUUUGAGACCAGAUAUGGAGAUGACAGCAGAAGAAAAUGAGAUUGCAAAGAGGUUGGCGAUGGUGGGUUUAUGGUGUACUCAAACGUUUCCUAAUGAUAGACCUACAAUGAGCAGAGUGAUUGAUAUGUUAGAAGGUAGCAUGGAUUCCUUACAAAUCCCACCCAAACCUUUGCUUUCUUCUCCUACUAGAUCACUGUCAGAAUAUUCCAUCUCCUGAAAUUAAGCACACUGCAUAUUUGGUAAAUUUCUCGACUUAUAUUAUAAAAUGAAUUUCUCUUUACAUUGUUAGCUCUUUCCUAUCAUCUAGAAAAAAAACAGGCAGAACCUCAUCUUACAGUUACAACAGUGUGUGCGA